AUGAACUUCUACCCCGUUCCCCCCGUGAUCCAGGCCGAGGUAUUCGUGCGGAUUCCUGAUGCGUUGAGAUGCACGGGACAACCUACCGACUGGAGAGGUGGAUCAAGCAGUCCGCCAUCGGAAAUCUUCCUUGAGGGGCCUACCUACCUCAACAACGGGGACCUAUACGUUACCGAUAUUCCGUAUGGUCGGAUUUUGAAAAUCGAUGCGCGAAAGCAGGUGACUGAGUGUGUUCGUUAUGAUGGGGAGCCAAAUGGACUCGUCGUGCGUGAGGAUGGAAUUAUGAUUGUCGCCGACUACAAGCAGGGCCUUUUGCUGUUUGAUCCGGUCGCAAAGACCAUUUCACUCUUUCUGACACGUCGGAAUUUGGAGCGUUUCAAAGGUCCCAACGAUCUGAUCAUUUCUUCCAAAAAUGAGAUUUAUUUCACGGAUCAAGGGCAGACGGGCAUGACUGAUCAAACUGGUCGAGUGUAUCGACUUUGCCCUGAUGGUAAGCUGGAUUGCCUCGUUGACAACGGUAUAUCUCCCAACGGCAUUGCCUUGUCCCCGGAUGAGCGUUUCUUAUACGUGGCUAUGACUCGUUCCAACUCUGUCUGGCGACUGCCUCUCCACGCUGAUGGCUCCACCUCAAAAGCGGGGUUGUUCUUCCAAUCUUUCGGUUGUGCUGGACCAGAUGGACUGGCUGUGGAUGAAGAGGGAAGUUUGUUUAUCUGCCAUCCCAGUCUUGGGUCUGUCUUUGUAGUUGAUGCAGAUGGGGUGCCGAAAGCUCGGAUUGUCACUGCGCCUGAAGGAGGAAAGAAUCUGACGAAUUGUACCUUUGGGGGAGAGGAUGGGAAGACGAUCUAUAUUACAGAUAGUAUGAAGGGUAAUAUUCAGUGUGUGAGGUGGCACUGCAGGGGUGCACUGAGACCUCAUUAA